UCCGGAAAAGGAAAAAGAAAAGAAUUCUUCGCCUCAUCUAUGAAGAUGGCGAUGGUGAGGAGAUAGGCAGGAGGUCCAGAGUUGAGGAGGGCAAAUGGGUUCUUCCUCUGCAAUGAUGCUACGUCGUUUCUGCUGCUUCAGCACCACCGUCUCUCCCUCCACAUCUUCUUCAUCAUCCACUCCUACUGCCAAGAAGAAGCCCCUCGUCUUCCUCGGCUCUCCUCAGGUCUCUGCCACUGUUCUUGACGCCCUCUUCAACGCCUCGAGCUCCCGAGACUCCCCGUUUGAGGUUGCAGCAAUAGUUACUCAACCACCGGCUAGAAGAGACAGGGGCAAAAAGAUCCUGCCGUCUCCGGUGGCACAGUAUGCACUCGACAGGGGAUUCUCCCCUGAACUUAUUCUCACACCAGAACGAGCAGGAGAGGACUCCUUUCUGUAUACUUUAAGAGCUUUAAAUCCUGAUAUUUGCAUCACUGCAGCAUAUGGAAAUAUUCUACCGAGCAAGUUUCUUAAAAUUCCUCCAUUGGGGACUGUUAAUAUACACCCAAGCCUACUACCAUUGUACCGUGGCGCUGCUCCAGUUCAAAGAGCAAUUCAGGAUGGUGUCAAGGAAACCGGAGUAUCAUUGGCAUUCACUGUCCGUGCUUUGGAUGCAGGACCUGUGAUUGCCAGUCAGCGAUGGGAAGUUGAUGAUCGAAUUAAGGCGCCAGAUUUACUUGACCUGUUGUUCUCUGAAGGAUCUAAGCUUUUGAUCCGUGAACUUCCCUCUCUACUGGAUGGCUCUGCUCAAGCAAAAGCCAAGCCACAAGAUGAGACUAAAGCCACCUUAGCUCCUAAGAUAACCUCCGAGGAGUCAUGGCUAUGCUUCAACGAGGAGGCUGUGGCCCUUCAUAAUAAAGUCCGUGCAUUUGCAGGUUGGCCAGGAACCCGAGCCAAGUUUGCCAUGAUGGACAAAGAGAAUGUUCGGCACAAUGUCAUAGAGCUUAAAAUCAUCACUACGAGGGUAUGCGGUGAGAUCAGAAGUGAAGUUGGUGAAGGGGAUAGCAUAAGUUUCGCCAGGGGUGCUAUGUUAGUUCCUUGUGGAGGUGGCACGGCACUGGAGGUAUUGGAAGUUCAACUUCCAGGUAAGAAAGUGAUCAAUGCUGCUGCAUUUUGGAAUGGUUUGCGAGGUCAAACCCUAAAGAGGUUAUGACGCAAAAGGAUUUUUCUGCUUGGCUAUGCAUAAAGAGCAGAGUUACAUUGUAUCGAGCCGAUUUGCCAGGGGUAUUACAUUUGUUUAUCCUUCUGAUCAUUAUUGAUAUGUUUUAAUAUUUAAAUAUCUGAUGGAAAGAGACUUUACUUUCCAUAUUUUUU